AUGAAGCUCUUCCUUCUGUGCAGCGUUCUCGCUGUCGGUGCGAUGGCCGAUCUGUGGUACGUCAAGAAUCCGACGAAGAAAGAUUCGGUGUGCGCGAUGGUGGAAUCGAAGCCCACCCUCAGCAUCCACCAAGGCAAUACGUCUUUCACGCUGGAUAUCGUCAACGCCACUGUCACCGGCACCUGCUACGAUGUAGUCCCCGUCAACGGCUUGCAGCACGGGAACAUCAUGACGGUCGCCUUCUUCCCGGAUGGUCCCAUCCCGAACAUCACCGACACCUGGAAAUUGACGCUGCAGUUCGUCAAGAUCGAGAACGAGUACCAGCUUGCCAACUGGACCCUUGAGGUGCACCCCACCGAGAAGUACAACGUGUCGGGCGUCUACCAGCGCGCCCUCAACUCGACCACGUACAGCGCCGCCGUUCUCCACGCCAUCACCUGCCACUCGUUGCCGCUCAACUUUGAAGACGGUGUGCAAGUCGUUCUGGGUGAAGCCCGCGCCGUCGCCUUCGAAGACUUCGAUACGCCCGUCUGGCCCAAGGGAUUGGAGAAUGACGUGUGCCCUGCUGACCUGCCCGACAAGCCGAAGACGUCCGCCGUGGUACCGAUCAUCGUCGGCUGCUUCCUCGUUGGCCUCGUCGUCAGCGUGUUCGUCGCCUACCUCAUCGGCCGCCACCGCAACCGCACCCGUGGAUACGCCUCGGUA